AUGACCGCCAGGAACCGACGGGCCACGCCCAACGUGCACUCAUCGCCAACAACAGCCCACCCAGCUCAACGCCAGAAAGCAAAGCAGGCAGCAAUGCCGCGUGGAGAGAACGACUUCCGACUUCUAAAAAAAUCCUGGGUGGACAAGCUUCCUUCUCUCCAGUCAUCGAGUUGGUACUGGCACUGUGAAACAAAGUGUGCAACCACAGAUUUGCAUCGGACAUGGCUAGGCAAAAGAAACAUUGUCGUUGCUGGAGAGAUCCCACUGGCUGUGAUAGCCACCAUAAUGUACCGGGAUACGGGCUGUUUUCUCCCAUUCAUUGCGAAGCGCAAGUCGCUCCUCCUCGGACAACGAAAUGUUACCAGCAUGCUGGUCGAAUUACAAGACUGGAUCAUUGCUAAACAGCUUCGACAACGCGAGGUUGAACAGCGGUUUAUGGCUUUCGACUUCGAAACGAACGAACAGGCACAGCCCUCUGCGCGCGACGUGACCGUGCCUGCUUCGCACACUGUCAGCAGUGGCGUCUCCUACAAGGACGUGGUGAGCGGCUUCUGCGCGACCGAGCGGAAGCCUCACGCAGACGCGACCGGGAUGACCGAACUAAAUGAACUUUACAAGAUCUGCACAGCACCCGCGCAGCCGACAACAUCUCUGAGAGCCUUCACUCAGAAGGAGCUUAGAACAAUGGACCUGAUAAUUGGGGGUGAACUGGAAAUCCCAGCUGUACCUCCAUUUCUCGUCAACGUGCUAAACCAAGCUGACCUGGCCGCAUUUGAAAAGCUGAUGACACCGCCGAAAACAGCGGCGGCUGAUUUGCAAAUCGAAGCGGCCGACUUCAUUCGAGCGUUAUCCACGAUCGUGUACACUGAACCCCAGCGCCUGAUUACCUUCGCGUUCCCCAGCUUCGCGUUCCCCAGCAACCAAGCCGCGCAGCGCUGGGUGGGAUGGCGAGUUCCCCUCGGCAAUGGACGAAUCGAGCUUUUCGACUACGCUGAAAUGAGGAAACAAGUAGAUGAACAUGGGCUUCAUCCCGUUGUCCGACUCGACAGUUAUGAGCUCACGGUGCUAGUGCUACAUCGCGAAGUAUCAGCGGAGGAGCUGUUCCACCUCCUAGACAAUGUCAUGGAGGUUCCUAUCCUCAAUCUGCAGCGAGUUGGCCGAGCACGAGGUGGAACUGACAGCCGAGCCUGGAAGGUGCAGCUCACAGUUCCAAUGUGGCCCGUAGCGUUGAAGAAGUAUACCCACUGGAAGUGGCUUGAUGUGGAAUUGACAAAUUUCCAUCACACCGUUUUCGUAGCUCCGCCAUGUACACCUUGCAGAGCUUUCGGGCAUGGGCACGCCACUUGCAUGCAAACGGAAGAUGAAGUUGCGGCAUCACGCCGACGGCUGACUUUAGAUGUCGCUGCUGCUAGCGUCGGACCGACUACAAAGCUCCAAUUGUUCAAACCAGUGCAGCCCAUACGGGAUAUGGCGGAUUUCCUCAGAGCAUGA